AUUAUCAAAAAAAAAAAAAAAAAAAAAAUCUUAAAAAACUGGUUUGUCCUCUUCUUUUGAUUUUCCUAUAUAUCUAUCAAUCCCUUCCCGUCCAGUUUAAUAUAUCAUAUCAUGGAUGGUGAACACGAUACGUCUCUCGCAAAAAAGGUGCAAGUUAUGGAAGCAGAGAUGGAGCGUCUAUACAAAGAGAAUGAGAAGCUCAGCUUUUCUCUUGAAGUGAUGACCAGUAACUGCAGGUUCCUACAUGCCUACCUACAGGGGAAGCUGACUCGAGAAACAGCUGUUGCCCCAGUUGCUGCCGCUGCAGAGAGUGGCUCAAGUGAAGACUCCAACAAGAGAGCUAGGAAUGAAGUUGCAAAAACCAAGAUUUCUCGAGUCCUCACAAGAACAGAUCCGGGGGACUCUAGUCAUGUAGUGAAAGAUGGAUACCAAUGGAGGAAAUAUGGACAGAAGACUACAAAAGAUAACCCAUCACCCAGAGCUUAUUUCAGGUGUUCCAUGUUUCCAGCUGGUUGCCCUGUCAAGAAAAAGGUACAGAGAUGUGUAAACGACAAGUCAUUACUGGUUGCAACAUAUGAAGGAGAACAUAACCAUGCGGUUAUUGAAGCACCGAAUGGUUUCACAGAUUCACCAGAUUGCACAACCAUGGCCUCAACUACCAAUUCCCACAGUUUUUUAGCUAAUAUUAAUUUUUCUCAACCAAAUACAACCCUUGGUUUAGCUCUUCCUCCGGUUCAUGAAGAGAGCACAAGUCCUUGCCAUGAUUCCAUGGAUAACAACAUAAUUGAAGAAUAUGUAGCUUCCUUAGCCAAAGAUCCCAACUUUACUACAACUUUAGCAGUAGCAGUUGCACGGUCAAUUGUGACCCUCCCUCAUUCUACUCAGAUGUGAAAUUUGAUAUAUAUGUUCUUAUUAACCAAGAUCCUCUUCUUGGAUGCUUGUGGACUUCAUUUUUAGGCUGAAGAGAAUCCUCAUAGGCUGACUCUUGGUAUGUAAUCUUAUUCCUAUUAAUUUUGUCAGAGAAAGACAAGUAGAAUCACUUUUACAUGCAGAAAUCUAGAAGGAUUUUUCCACUUUUAGACAAUUACUGAUAUGAACUCAUAAUGAGCCCAAAGCUCAGGCUGGGUUUAGGACAGGUAAAUCGAGGCCCUGUCAGCAAGCCUAGUCAACGAGCCCAAGACUAGGCUGUAAUAUCUUUUGUGCCUGGCUCAACUUGAUUUUUAAUGAUAUUAAAGUGACCUA